AUGCAUCACAUGGAGCGCUACGAUGGUGGUGAGUACGAGGAUGGUACUACUUUGGAUUUCAACACAGGAAACACCAAAGAGUGCCGGUGGAAAUACAUGAUAAAAAUCCUAAUGCACCCAGUCAAGAAAAAUAAGGACAAAAUCCUUGAAGCAAUGCACUAG